AUGAAGGUAGACCCUGUCGAGCCUGUCGAGGUAGCUGUCGACUCUGGUGCUGCUCGAGGUGCUUCGUCUGGGGGUGUUGUGCCUACGGGUGCGGGGCCUAGCUGUGCUGAGCCUGAGCGUGCGGAGCCUGGGGGUGCUGAGUUUGGGGGUGCUGAGCCUGAGCUGUCGCAUCACGUCGAAAGACACUCUCUCCACUACAGCUACGCGAGUGGUUUGCUCAGUGCUGGAGCCUCUAGAGUGGUGCUACUUGAGAUGGAGCUGCGGGAGGUGGUGGAGCCGCUGGUCGCGGAGGUGCUGGUACUGGAGGUACUGGAGCUGCUGGGGCUAGAGGUAUUGCUGGAGCUACUCGAGGUACUGCUGGAGCUGGAGCUGCUGGAGGUACUGCUAGAGCUACUGGAGGUACUACUGGAGCUGGAGCUGCAGGAGGAACUGGAGCUGCUGGAGGUGCUGCUGGAGCUGGAGCUGCUGGAGGUGCUGCUGGAUUUGGAGCUACAGGAGGUGCUGCUGGAGCUGGAGGUGCUGGAGGUGCUGGAGCUGGAGCUCCUGGAGGUACUGGUGCUGCUGGAGCUGCUGGAGGUGCUGCUUGAGCUGGAGCUGCUGGAGGUGCUGCUGGAGUUGGAGCUGCUGGUGGUGCUGGAGUUGGAGCUCCUGGAGGUACUGGAGUUGCUGGAGCUGGAGGUGCGACUGGAGGUGGCGCUAGAGAUGCUGCUGGAGCUGGAGCUGCUGGAGGGACUGGUGCUGUUGGUACUAGUGCUGGAGGUGCUGUGCGGCCGCGACCGUACUUCGUUCCACUGCUUCAGCAGGUUCUUGGUCUCCCGCCUUCUACUGACCUUACUCCUCCCUUAA